UUGGUUUUCUUUAGCGUUAUAGCUUUAUUGAUGAGUGUUGUGGGACCGGGUUUAUUGCCGUUUAAUCGCUUUAUUGGAAGUCAAACGGAUUUUUGGUGAAAGUAAGGUGAAUAAUUAUGUCUGGCCAGCUGAUGGAAGCCAUGGUGAUGGUGGAGAGCUUGCGGGUGGUCGAGCUUCGGUCUCUCCUUUCCACUAUGGGAAAGAACAGGAAAGGCCUGAAGAAGGAUCUAGUGCAGAGAGCCACCGAGCUCCUCCGUAACAACUUCCGCCCAGAGCUUUUCUCUGCUAUCCAGGAGCUUUAUAACCAGCGUCACGCUCCUAUCAGUGCAAACAGCAGUCGAUCGCAGGUCAUCACUAUGCCGAAUGCUGUCGAGGUGGUGGCCGAUUAUCCAAAGAAUUACUGCGAGCCGGUUCAUAAACCUAAAGUGCACAUGAUCAAGCUUCCCUUCUAUCAAACAUUGGAGACUAUUCUUGCUCCGGUAUCACUAGUGCCUGUGUUUACAGCCAAGCAACAGAUCAGCUACAUUACAUUUUGUGUGACUUCAAGUCAGUUAUCCCAGAUAAAGAACAGUGGGACCAGAGAUGGAGUGACGUCUGUUCAGGUUGUGCUCAGGAUUUGCUACACAGAGAGUAUUGGUGUCGAAGAUGAUCAGUAUCCACCAUGUAUUGCUGUUUUGGUCAACGGGUACAACUGUCCUGUACAGGCUCACUACACUUCCAACAAAACACCACAGGAACCUUCUCGUCCCUGCCAUCCGAUCAAUCUCACACGAUUUGUAAAGCAGAUCAGUGACAACCGUGUUGCUAUCUCCUGGGAGAACAUUGGCAAGUUAUACUCAGUGGCUGUAUAUCUGGUGAAGGUGCUCUCACCAACAGAUUUGCUGGCACAACUCCAGAAAAGUGGAGUAGAGAGUGUGGAGAGCUGCAAACAAAAAGUCUGCGAGAAGCUGUGCUGUAACCCAGAGAAUGAGAUCACAACCACAGGGCUGCAAGUGUGCCUUAUGUGUCCUCUGGCAAAAAUGCGCAUGUCGACCCCCUGUCGAGCGAAGACCUGUGCCCACCUGCAGUGUUUUGAUGCUGGCUUCUUCCUGCAGAUGAAUGAGAAGAAGCCUACUUGGACUUGUCCUGUCUGCCAUAAGCCUGCCCUCUUUGACUCUCUACAAAUCGAUGGUUUGCUGAGUGGCAUACUCCAGUGCGCAGACGAAGCCGUGGAGGAGAUCGAGUACCUGUCUAAUGGCUCUUGGAGAGCAGUGGGAAAGGAAAAAGAGUGCAGUAGAACUACAGAUCUCUCUUCGCUCAGCCAGAAGAACAGCUCUGUGGCAGGAGAGGUCGUGGAUCUAACUCAGUGCUCAUCUGACAGCGAUGACAGUGACGAGGCCAUGGAGACAGAAGAGAUUGUUUUGAAACAUUUUAAAAAAGAAAGCGUGCGCUUCUCUAAAGGCAGCAUGCAUGUGAAGUGAUGAGUGACAUCUGGCAAAUUAAAUAUUUUUGUAGUCCUUAAAUUAUUUUUAUUUUAAGUUCCAGUUUAACAGGGUAUACUCUAAAUGUUAAUUUUCUACUAUACUGUUUGUUUCUCUUUUAUGUACCUUAAGUGCCAGACAGGUCAAAUAAAGUUGUUUUUAUGUU